CUUCUCUCUCAUAUCAGCUCCAUGCUGAGAAAGUCUUUCUUCUUCUGUGGCAAGAACACAUAUUUGGUGUGAACCAGCUAAUCUUCAAUAAUGGCCGAUUCCUCUAUCAACCUCCUGGGUUUAAGAAUCUGCAUUUCCGGCAUUGGGCUUGUGGGUAACGUAUUUCUCAUCCUCUCCAUCAUUCAGACGAAGCUCUCCAGAGUGAAAUCGUUUGAGUUGUUCCUCCUUGGAUUGGCUGCAGCCAACUUGGAGGAGAUUGUCAUUCUGAACAUCUAUGACGCUAUCAUCCACUGGCCUUCCGCUGCCACUGCCAGCACUUGGUCGUGUCGCUUGCUCAAGUUCCUUACUGUCUUUGGUGAAGCUAGCAGCAUCCUCUUCACCGUCCUCAUCUGCAUCUUCCGUUACCAUAAGUUGAGAGACGCCAACAGGAGGGUCAACCUACCGAUCUACCUGGACAGCAUCAGGUCAGCCUGGCUGGUGAGCGGAGUUUGUGUAAUGCUCUCCAUGCUUCUGAGUGUUCCCAUUUUUGUCAUAAGCCUGCAAGGCCCUGCGGAAAACAUCACAGUGAACAUAAGCGGCUGCCCCCCGGACUUCUUUCGGUGUAGUGAAGAUCAUUGUCCCAUAUUCAACCGCAUUUACAAAUACCUGUUCAUCCUGGCCUGCAACCUGCUGCCCCUGAUCAUCAUCACAGUCAGCAGCUGCCUCAUCAUCGCUGUGCUGCUGAGCCAGAGGAAGACGGUGAAACCGGUCGCGUGCGUGAGUGGGUCAGAACAGUUUGGCAAAAAGAGUAAAGGUCUGAGGAUUCAGCGAAGCACCAUAGCUGUGCUGGCAGCCAUGGCAUUGUUCCAGGUAGACUGGACUCUCUUUGUGGUCCUCCAGCUGACCGUCAACCCCACUGAUUUCCCUUUUUGGGCUGAAAUGGAGUUCUUUAUCUCAACUUCCUAUACAUCCACCAGUCCAUAUGUGUACGGGAUCGGGAAUAACCUGUUCUCUCUCAAGAACUUUAUAAAGAAGUGAUUUAAAGCUUUUCUUAAGGAGAAAACAUCAAACAGGUUUUUGAAGAUGUGGUGAGCCCUUGUUUUUAGUGUUGUAAUAUGAUCCUGAAGAACCAAAUUAUGAUAUUUGUUGUGCUUGCUAAACUUAAAUUAUUUUUUUUAAGUUACAUGUUUUAAACAGGAAACUUAUUAUGUUACUAAACUCACUCUGUUAGUUCAGGGGAGCAGCUGUUAUUUUAAGCUACAGCACUUUUCUCUGAGCUUUUUUUGCAUGAGUAAUCUUCCUUUCCUCGCUAAACAGAUUGCAGCUUUGUGUUGCAAUUUUAGACCUUCAGUUAAAUCUAAUAUGAAAAUGAAAAAGUUCCCUCGGUGCCGAUUUUGCCUUUACGAUUUGUUUUUAAUUAAGAAUGGUUUUCAAGAACCAAAAUGUUAUAUUUUCAGAGAGGAAAAGGUUUUUGCAAAUGUAUUUUUCGCAUAACAAAAGCAUUGAGGGACUGUCACUCUUUGGAUGGAAAAACAAGAUGCUCUCUCACAGCCCUGCGGUAGGAGGAGGGCAAGCAAAUCUCAAAGCUGGUGCAGUGUAACCCAAAAUAAACACUAAAGACAUAAGAAGUCUCUGACUCGCUCUGAUUAACGCUACCUCACACAUUGGCCCGUGUUUUUAAUGCUUUUCUAUACAUAACAGCUGUAUUUGUAUGAGCAUUAACAUCUUUGUUCAGAGACACCUUUAACACCGACCUGUAUUUCCGGUACAAUAAGUCGAGUUCAGA